AAAAAAAUAAAUAAAAAACUAAAAUAUAAUAAAUAUUCUUCUGCCAACAUCACAUCUUAUAUAAAGACCUCUCCCUUGACAAAUCCUUCACUAAAACAAGCACAACUUUUGUACUUGAAGGAAUCUAACUCCUCCUUCCUCUCAUGGCAUCGAGCUCGAUGACAUCAGCGCGUGUGUCAUCAUGGACACCUAAGCAGAACAAGCAAUUUGAGGAGGCCUUAGCCAUGUUCGACAAGGACACGCCUGACAGGUGGCACAACAUAGCCCGAGCAAUUGGCGGGAAAUCGGCUGAGGAAGUUCGAAGGCACUAUGAAGCGCUCGUUCGUGACAUCAUGCAAAUCGAGACCGAUCAAGUCCCAAUACCCAAUUACAGGGCCUUAGCCAAUAAUAGCCGGACAAUGUACGCUAAUGAACACAGGCUUUUGAAGAAUCUCAAGCUGCAGUGAUGAGCUUAUACGAACCCAUGCAUGCAACAAUUUCAUAAAGGAGAUUGUUUUCAACUGCUUCACCAGUACCCACCAGUCUUGUUUUUGGAAAAAGAAAAUUAAAAACAAUAUAUAUACUAUAUAUAUGUGUGUGUGUGUAAUAUUAGUAAGGUUCAAGCAGAAUUAUAAGAUCGAUUAACAUGUCUAUGUAAUCUGUUUGCUAUUUUUGCGUGAAAUGUGCAAGUGUAUAUUUUUGUUCCUUUGCUUCAACUAAUUUUGUUUUCUAUUUUAAUAUUCAGAAAUAGACCUUGCUUCGGAGUUGGGA